AUGGAGACUCAAGGUAGCAGACAUCAUGUCACAAGUUACCGUCGUAGAGAUUUAAGAAACUCUCUCGAAUCUAGGCUGGGAAUGGAAAGAGAUCGUAGAAAUGUACCAACAGAACCACCAAAGAAAAGAGUCAAAAUAAAGGACAUCCCAUUGUCUGUAUCUGAUUUCACAAUAGAAGACCUAAUCAAGGCAUCAAAUGAUGAUACUGACCCCGUUUAUAUAAAAUUUUAUGACAAUAAGGAGUCAAGAACAUGUAUCUUUGAACUGACUGAUAAAGGCAAAAUGGAAAGCUUUGUACAGCACUAUAAUAACCAUCAGCUGGACGAUGCACUGCUACAGGUGGAAAUCUUUGAGCAACAUAGGAAACCAAAUAGACCGAAGUCGCAUGGCUCAUACGGUAGUCACUACAAUCGCAGUCAACAUGGUCGUCCUAGCAAUAGUGGUAGGAGAGGAGUGGCUAAUAAAACCAAAGAAAAACCGAAAAGUAUCGAAGAUCUUGAUGCUGAAUUGGAUGCAUACAUGAAGAGUUAA